AUCAAAAGGUUUCUUCAUUAACCGGUCCUCAUCAACAAACGAACCAAUGAAGAGAGAGGGUCGUCAACACGGCGUGGUUCGGAGCUACCCGAUCCUCCCGCCGGAUCCCUUAUCGCCCUAUGAUCAACAAAGUAAACGACAUGUGAAAACCGUUGACUCAGCGUUGGUUAAAGGGGUAUUCACCAAGGUGUCAAGGAAGCCUACGAACCAGUCCAAGUUCACCGGAAAGUGCGGUAAAGCACAAUGCCUCGGUUGUCAUAUUCAUCCGGCAACAAAGUCAAAAGACAAGACCAAAGGUACAAUGAAGAUGCGAUCAAUCGGGUCGGAUCAUGGACAGAUCGGUUAUCCUGUUGGUACUUCGGCCACCGGUGUACUUGCUGACUUAGCCGGCGGUAUUGAUGAUUACAUUGAUGAUAUGGUAUUUGAGGAUUUUGUUAAUGAUCGUUAUUAUUCUGGUUACGUGGCGGAUAUGUACGCGUUUCCUUCGAUGAUAUGGAAUAAAGAAGAGGAAGAAGAAGAAUAUUGUGACGUAGGAUUGUGUUGGGGAGCAGAUUUGCAUGACGUUGCUGCUGCUGCUGAUGAUGAUGGAUGGUAUUUAGUUGGCCAUUCCCAAUGAUGAUUUUUAUUACUUAUCAAAUUAAUGGGAUCAGAGAUGAUAUUUUAUUAUAUAUGUUUUUCCUUUAUUUGUUUAUGUUAAUAAUCUUAUUAUGGUGUUAUUAUUCCAUUUACUAAUUUAUACAUUAAUGGAGUCUUACCCAUUCAAUAAUAAAAA